AUGAAAACUAGAGGAACUAUCGCACCACUGUCAGGCUUCAGCGACCAAGGCUCUUCGUCGUCUUCGAUCAGGCUCAGCACCACCACAUCCGUCUUCGACCAAGGCUCAACACCACCACCACCGUCUUCGACUAAGGACUCUUCGUCGUCUUCGACCAAGGACUCAGCACCCCACCGCCACAGCUCCAGCGAUCAGGCUCCAGUCCAGGGAUCUUCAACUGUAAUCACUGAUAAGCCACAGCGAUUAGCGACCAGGCGAGGUGACAGGCUCCAACGACCAGGCGAACUCGGGCUAUAA